AUGGGAUUUAUUUCAUCGAUAUUUUGUUGCUCAUCGGACUCAUCGCAGGCGACUUCUAAGUGGGACAACAGACAACUGAACCCGAGAUCACAACAGCUAAAAGGACAGCAACAAGCUAGUAAUAAAGCUAAUUUAUAUUCUACAAGGGGUAUGAGUACUAGUACGAAUUCGAAUCUAAAUCUUAAAUCGAACUCGAAUACUACAGCACCGUCACACCUUCCAAGGUCAAAGCAACAGCCCAAUAAUAGUGCCGAUAGUAACAAAUUUACUAGGCAACCUUCUGUGAAGAACUCAGCAGAUAAUCAAGAUUUACAAAGAAUGGAGGCUCUUGAAAAAAACCGUGAUAACGGUACGAACAAUAAUGAUGGUAUUAGUUUUUCAUCUUUAAAUUCAACACCAAAAACAAGCGAAAAAUCGGAUAGAGAUGAACGAUCGAGUAGAAAGUCUAAAGAUGACAUAAAGGAAAAGGAAAAGGAUAUCCAAGCAGGGAAAGAGGAAAAUGAAAAAGAGAAAGAACUGCAAAAUCAUAGCGGCUCCGGUGAAGUAGAAAAGCAGGGAGUUUAUGUUUAUGCAGGUGACACAGAUACUAGUACGGGUGGAUCGAGCUAUGAUCAUCAUUCUCAAUUACCACAAUCUACAACGGCGACAACGGUUACGGGUUCUAACCAAGUAUCACAAUCACCAGAUUCACAAGAAACAACAACGACGGUUCAGGAGGGUGAGAAUGUUAGUAGCAGUGCUGAUGAUACUGAUGUCGCUUUAAAUCAAAGUAAAAGUCAUGAAGAUGAAGUGGAUCCUGAUAUGGAUGUUGAUGCGGUACCACCUUAUGGUGAAGAAGAAGAAUUUGUUGAUUUAACAGAAUUACAACUAGGUCAAUAUCAUGCUGCUGGUUGUAAUACACUUUUACCACCACAAUCCAAACAUCUUUCUGGUAAAAAAUGUUUGGUGUUAGAUUUAGAUGAGACGUUGGUUCAUUCCUCUUUCAAAUAUUUAAAAGGUGCCGAUUUUGUCUUACCUGUUGAUAUUGAUGAUCAAAUCCAUAACGUUUAUGUCAUGAAGAGGCCCGGUGUUGAUGAAUUUUUGAAGAAAGUUGGUUCCCUUUUUGAAGUUGUUAUUUUUACAGCAAGUGUGGCACGUUAUGGUGAUCCCUUACUAGACAUUUUGGAUAAACAUAAAUCCGUUCAUCAUAGAUUAUUCCGAGAAGCUUGUUAUAAUUAUGAAGGAAAUUAUAUCAAAAAUCUGUCGCAGAUUGGUAGACCUUUAUCGGAAAUAAUAAUUUUGGACAAUUCUCCGGCUUCUUACAUUUUCCACCCUCAACAUGCAAUUCCAAUUUCCUCCUGGUUUUCUGAUACUCAUGAUAAUGAAUUGUUAGAUAUUAUCCCGCUAUUGGAAGAUUUAUCAGAGCAAUCCGUUCCUGACGUUGGCAAAGUGCUGGACAUCACAAUAUAG